AAGGGCGGUGACUUCUGGUGCAUGCGAGCAGAAAUCGGGAGGAAGAUGGUGUACACAAGACUGCUUUGAGUGCCUUGUCUUUGUAUGUGACCGUUUUCAAUACACUGUUCCGUCAUCCCUGGAGAAAAAAAAAAAAGUAGUAAUCUCACAUUCUGAAUAGCUUGUUUAAGCCGUCGGGCAGGAAAAAUAUGGGGAAUUGCCACACGGUAGGACCAAACGAAGCCUUGGUGGUGUCAGGUGGCUGCUGUGGCUCUGAUGAGAAGAGCUAUACAGUGGGCGGCUGGGCCUGGGCAUGGUGGCUUAUCACCGAUAUACAGAAACUCUCUCUGGAGAUAAUGACCAUCCUCUGUCGCUGUGAGAAUAUCGAAACUUCGGAGGGUGUCCCCUUGGAUGUGACAGGGGUCGCUCAGGAUAACCCUUGAGAUUAUGACCCUGCAACCCAAGUGUGAGGAUGUAGAGACAGCGGAGGGGGUAGCUCUUACUGUCACAGGUGUGGCACAGGUGAAGGUCAUGACUGACAAUGAGCUGCUGGGUUAUGCCUGUGAACAGUUCCUGGGCAAGACCGUGGCAGAUAUUAAAAGUGUCAUUCUGCAGACGCUGGAAGGUCACCUGCGCUCUAUUCUGGGGACUCUGACGGUGGAGCAGAUCUACCAGGAUAGGGAUCAGUUUGCCAAGCUGGUGAGGGAGGUGGCGGCACCUGAUGUGGGCAGGAUGGGCAUUGAGAUCCUAAGCUUUACUAUCAAGGAUGUGUAUGAUAAGGUGGACUAUUUGAGUUCCUUGGGGAAAUCCCAGACUGCUGCUGUUCAGAGAGAUGCUGACAUUGGUGUGGCUGAAGCAGAGAGAGACGCUGGAAUCAGGGAAGCAGAAUGUAAGAAGGAGAUGAUGGAUGUUAAAUUCCAAGCCGAUACAAGAAUGGCAAACUCAAAGAGAGAGCUGGAGAUGCAGAAGGCUGCUUUCAAUCAAGAAGUGAACACAAAGAAAGCUGAGUCACAAUUGGCCUAUGAGCUUCAGGCAGCCAAGGAGCAGCAGAAGAUCAGACUGGAGGAGAUUGAGAUCGAGGUAGUUCAGAGGAAGAAGCAGAUCACCAUUGAGGAGAAAGAGAUCCUCAGGACAGAUAAAGAGCUGAUCGCCACCGUGAGGAGACCAGCUGAGGCUGAAGCCUACAAGAUGCAGCAGCUCGCAGAGGCACAGAAGAUAAAGAAGGUGUUGACGGCACAGGCUGAAGCGGAGAAGAUCAAGCGUAUUGGAGAAGCAGAGGCCGGCUCCAUUGAGGCUGUGGGUAAAGCCGAAGCAGAGAAGAUGAGGCUCAAAGCUGAGGCCUAUCAGCAGUAUGGAGAAGCUGCAAAGACUGCCCUCGUCCUGGAGGCUCUGCCAAAGAUUGCUGAAAAGGUGGCAGCACCCUUAGGUCGUACCAAUGAGAUAGUGAUCCUGAGCGGCGACGGUGGCCGUGUUACUGGGGAAGUGAAUCGUCUGUUGGCUGAACUACCUGUUUCUGUAAACGCCCUCACGGGGGUGGAUCUGUCCAAGAUCCCUUUGCUUCAGAAAAUGAUCAAUCCUCAAGCUUGAACACGCCUUUCUGACACGCCCACAUUGAUUGCCUUGAAAAGAAACACGAGCUGUUUUCUUUUUACAGAAAUGAGGAUUUUUUUUUUUUUUUUUUGACCCCUGGUGCCUUACCUCUGCAGGACCAGAAUCUCUGCAUGUGCUCUUGUUUUCGUCACUUUUUGCCUCUUUUGUUGAAACAACAUACCUCAAUUAUAGUUAUUUUGUUAAUCGCAGAACUGUUUCAUAAAAUUAACUAGUGGGCAGCUGCAGAUGUGUGUGUAUGUAGUGAUUUAGAAGAUAAGGAAGUAUUUCCAUUUGAAUGGGUAGCUAAGGUUAUAUUCACAGUUAUGUUUAUGCGAUGUACUGUAUGAAGAUAUAUAGAAGUAUAGUGUAGAAAAGCCAUUUAUUGGAUUGAUCAACUAGGCCUUUGAAAUCAUUGUGAAGACAUUUCUGUUCAGGUCAAAUAGUGACACAGUAGUGAGGAGAACUGACUUUUAGUUUAUCUAACCAAUGCAUUUAGACAUGGGUUCAUUUGUAAACAUCUUUUUGUAUAGUUCAAACAGGAAGCACUAUAAUAAUUUUUUAAAGUAGGAUAAACUAUUUUAAAAAAAUUAACUUUGCUUUUAGGGUUGGAGGUCGAAUCACCCGUUCACUGUGCAGUGGUUCAUCUAAAACUUCGCCAUGUGAUUCAUAAUCAUAUCUUUAUGUAAGUUCUUUGAGAAUGUUUUGCCUAUUUUUGAAUAAUAAGUAGUGGUCCAAAUGCAUUUUUACCGAGACACCAAGCAAAGGCCAAACCAUGCUGAGUUUAGCAGGAUUUUAAAAAGUAUCCUUAUUUUUUCAUUGCAGAAAACCUCCGAUAUAAUUUACUUAAGCAAAUGUUUAUGCAGAUGAUAAAGCUUUGGUCCUCUUCCAUUAGCUGCAAGCAAGAUUUUAUGACUGCAGCCAAACUGACAGUACAGAACCUAGUGCACUCUUUUGUCUACUGUUAAAUCUACACAUUUGGAGAUUGAUACUGUGCAUUUUAAGUUGAACUUCUACCAUGUUCAUAGCUCUUGCCUUACAGAGUUUUUUUCCAUAUUGAAUAACUUCAGUUAUUUUUUAAUUCAUUGAUGUAGCUUGAUUAUAACAGGUCUUCUUCCUCUUUUUUUUAUGUUUUAACAGUGAUGUUUUAAAUAAUGUCAAAUGUAUUCUUUGUUCCUAAAGUGCUAAUUAUCAUCAUCCAGAUAAUGUGAGAGCUCUGUCAGGUUAACUCUGCUUCAGCAAAAUAUUAUCAUUUUUUUCAUUGAGAGUGACUAUAUUUAAUGUUUUGUUGUCUUCUGAUUCUCAGCUUGCUAUUGUGUUAUGAAAAUACAAAUCAAUUUGCCAAGCAUCAGUAAGUCAAACAGUAUAUCCGCAUUUAUUUUACAUUGCUGCUGAAUCAUAAAUGAUUGGGUCUUUUGCUCAUUGGUAAUCAGAUGCCAAAUAUAAGGUUUUUUUUUGUUGUUUUUGUUUUUUUACAGUAAGAAUAUUCUGUUUGUCAGAAACAAGUUCAUUAAAACUGAUGUUCAAUUUUCAUUUCAUUCAUUUUCAUUCAAUUUUCAGUGUUUGUUAUUUUACAUCAAUAUCUGUUUCAGCUGGGAAAAGGGAACUGUGCUUUAAAAAUGUAGCCAUUGUUUAUAAGAUGUUGCGCACGUUUAAAAUCAACUUCAGGCUUUGAAUACUUUUCUAUGCUUAAUCUAAACUAACGAGAGCUGUUGUUUCUGAGCUGAGUGUGUUUGUUCUAGAGUUGUGUGAUUUUUCCAUCACUAACAAUCACAUACUGAGAAUGUGUUACAUAGCAGUGCAUAUAGUUAAUGCCUAUAACUUGUUGUAGAGUAAAUAUACAAUAAAUGUAUCUAAUAAGAAAUCUGUUUCUGAUCACAGUCAAUAAAUUCAUCUUGAUUUGUUUUA